AUGGUGCAGAGAGCUGUGGGUCUUUGGCAGGAGAGAUUGCUAGAUGACACCCCUUGUCUUACUCGAAGCGCUACCACUGAUUGCCAGGCAAGUCUCAGCAAGGACCUUCCAUCUCUGCCAAGACACAGUUGGGACGGAAGGACCACGGAUCUCCCGGAUCCCGUGCACCACGCGCGUAGCGUCACGGAGGGUGCCAACGGAUCCGCGCAGGCUGAAAUGCCUGUUGGAAAGAGUCCAUACAGACAUCUCAUCUCGGCCACCCCCGUGCUUUCGGAGCCUCCGAAUGGAAGCCCCAAGGGCGCGGCAGAGAGGCCGAGGACAUUGGACUCGCCCUUGUCAGCCAGCCCAAAGAGUCGGAAAGAGGUGCAGGAGGACCUGGGUCGAGAGCUGGCGCAGCUGGCGGAAGAUCUGCGGAACGCCCAAAUUAUCAGCUCACACUGA